AUCAUGUUGUGGCUCUCUGUGCUUUUUCUCCAUCGAGGAUACGCUCUGGCUCCAGUGACUUCAGUUCAUCUUGGAGAACCAGCGAACAUUUCAUGUGCUUUACCCUUUGCGGAGGUCAGCCGGAUGGAGCUCCACUGGUACAGGCAGCGCGUCGGGGAUAAACUGCAACGUAUUGUGACUCUGUGGCAAUCUACGACACCCAAGUAUGAGCCUGAGUUUUCAGAGUCCAGAUGGGAGAUUACCGUGGGUGGAAAUCUUUGUAACUUGACCAUUACGAAGACCGUUGAAGAGGAUGAAGGAACGUAUCACUGUGCGUUCGUAGAGUGGAUUAACACUGAGUGGAGUGCAACAUAUUUGUUAGUGAAAGGCCACAGUCAGAGAACGUCACACUUCACCGUUCAGCAGUCGAUGGUGUCAGAAUCGAUCGUCCUCGGAGAACCGGUGACUUUUGAGUGUUCGGUUCUCUCUGAGAACAAAGUGUGUUCAGGAGACCUCAGUGUGUUCUGGCUCAGAGGCGGGUCACAAGCGUCUCAACCAGACGUCAUCUACACCGACGCAAACAGCUGGGAUGAAUGUGGCAGAAGAUCUGACACUCAGAGGAGCUGCGUUUAUCGUUUCUCUAAAACCCUCACCUCCUCCGAUGCUGGGAUUUACUACUGCGCCGUGGCCACAUGUGGGCAGAUAGUAUUUGGAAAUGGGACUGAAAUGGAUUUCAAAGUUUCAGGAAGCAGCUCGUGGUCACAGGAAGUCUAUACAGUUAUUUUUCUACUGUGUGGCGUCUUGGCUGUAAGUCUGACUGUCACCGUCUUCCUCAUCUACGCCAUCAUGAAAACCACGUGUGAGCAUUGCAAAGCAUCCAAUAACGUGGAGAUGCACAGUGGUGACUGGAGAAGUCAACAGAAUGAUGAGGCCACAUGGAUUUAUUCUGCCGCUGUCUUCACCAUCAUGAAACACAGAAAAGGUUCAAACAGGCUCCAAAAAGCAGCAGAGAGAGAGAAAAUCUUUACUGCUGUCAAGGCCUUUGGGCUGGAUCAGUGAGAUAAACAGACAUGUGUGAAUAAAUUACAGCAGCUUCAGUUUCAGCACUGAAAGACUUUGUACAGUUAAUACACAUAAACUGUAAAGUUUCAUCAAAAAAAUGUCUGCAGAUGCCUUGAAUUGAUGAAUUCUCCUCUGUGACUUCAAAAGCUGUUCUGUUGUGUUUUGGGUGUGUGUUUACAUGACAACGGUGGUCAGAGUCACUGAAAAUGCAACUUCUCCCACUUUGUCUCUGUGGAAAACGGUUUAACAAUGUGUUUCCAUCACAGCAUGCAGAGAAAACAGAAGAGAUCAGCACAACUGAAAGACCACUGAACAAACAUUUUCUGCCCCAAAUAUGAUUAUUUGUCAUCAAUAAAAGC